AUGCCGCCCGCGGCGAAGGCGGAGAAGGGCAAGAAGCGGGGGAAGAAGGUCCUUGACCCGAUUGCCCUUGAGCGGGCCCGCAUUGAGGAAAUGGAGCGACUGGGGCGCGAGGAGGCCAUGCUGCUCGCCCGUUUGCGGGAGCUAACGGAGGAGGAGGAGGCCAUGACGCUGCGGGCCGCCAACGUCGUGGAGGCGCGGUGGAUGGUGUUCCUGCGGGAGUGCAAGCAGAAGGAGCUUGUCGCCGAGAUUGAGAUAGUGCGGCGUGCGUUUGAGUCGGCCAUUGACCGAAAGAACGCCGUGAUCGAGAUGCUCUUCAAAGACCUUGCGGAGGUGGAGGAGCAGCACCGUCUUGUCUUCCAGUCGCACAUGACGACGGUGGACGCGCUCACCCAGAUGCAGGUGAGGCGCAUGGCGGACUUAGAGGCCGAGUUCGACGAAGACCUCCUCGCGGUGAAGACAGACUACGAGAAGGAGAUGCUGGAGCUCCGCCGCAAGCACGAGCACGAGGUGGCCGACCUCAAGCUCAUCCUCGACAACAUGGCCUCCGAGGCAGAGCAGCUGCAAAGGAAGUUGCAGGAGGAAACCUCCGAGGCGCACGACACGGCGCUAGAAAAAAUGGAAGAGGAGCGGAAACAAAUGCAAAACGAGCUUAUAAAAACCAGCGAAGCCAUUCGAGCCGAGUUAGAUGCCCGUUACAAGGAGUUUAUGACGACGGCACAGGUCAACAUGAAGGAUUACAUGGACAAAUCAAAGGAGGAUGCCGAGACGACGGAACGCAUCGCCUCGCAGCUGAAGCGUAUUGAAAAACUCCAGGAAAGUGUGACGUCGUGGCGAACGAACCUGGCUCGUAAUGCGAGGGAGUGGGAGGAAAAGAACAGCGCCAUCCAGCAGGAGCGCGACGCCACCAUCCGACACCUCAAGGCUCUUAAGAACAAGAUGGAAAGUUGGCGAAACAAGGAAGCUUCCCGACUCGCUGAGUUUAUCAAGAAUGCAAAGGACUGUGAGGAUCAACUUCGUGCCACGGUGACAAAGGCCGAGAAAAUUUUGUCUCUUGUAGAGCUGGGCAAACCCCUGGAGACGGAGCGUGAGCAGGUGUUGUCGUUUGAGUCAAACAUUGCCACCAGUGAGAUUGAGCGGGAGGUUAAGCGAUUGAUGGCGCACUCAGACUCUGAGGAGGCGCAGGGGGAAGCGGCCCACCCCGAUGGGGCGGCGUUCUCAGAGGAGUGGCUGUUGCUGGAGCGAUUUUGGACAAAACACAACAAGGUGGUCCUCGACAAUGCCGCCCUCUCGCAGGAGAAGUAUCACCUAGAGGAGGAAAACAAGAAGCUGCAGGUGCUACUCAAGCAGUACCUUGAAGAAAUUAGCGUAAACGAUGCCGUGAUGCGGGCGCCCAACACCCUUCUGCUCACGAGUAGGGCCCCCAACGUGGUGGAGGCCGUCAAGCAGGGAAGGCAAGGGCGGGGCGCCUACAAUACUGUGGUGGAGGGCAAUAAGUUUGUUGCUGAUGUCACGAAGCAGAUGGUCUUACGUUGA